AUGGCAGGUGCCGGCGCUCUUGUGGAGAAGGAGGCCGAGCAAGCGUUGGACAUCUCGCAGAUCGACCCUCGCGUUCUGCAGGUAGAGGAGUUUGUCGACAAGUUGCGGAAGAAGGUGCUCAUGUGGGAAGUUGUGGGCGGCGCGCGAGAGGGUGGCGUCGUCGUCAGGGAGGGGGCAAGCUUGCAAUCUCCAGAGCUGCGCCAACGUCUCGCGACUGGCUCGAUCGUCCGCGAAAUUGCGGAAAAGGGCGACCGGCUCUGCUAUCAGCUUCUCUCCGGCUUUGGACCACCUGCAGGCUGGGUUAGCAUCAAGGUGAGGCGAACAGAGAUGCUGGCGUCAGUGUCGAAGAGGCCAGAGCUCACCGAGCGAGCCAAUUUGCUCCUUCAGCGGCUGGCGCGGCUCCCUCGACCCCUGCAGAACGCGACCUCCUUUCAGGUGAAGCUGUCCAAUGCCAUUACCGAGCAGAUUUACAGCCCAAAGACCGGGUGCUUGGAUCGUUUGGCCAAGGAGGCAACGGCUGCGUGGCUAAAUGCUGCGACGCUGAGGAGGCCACUGGACGUGUCUGCAGUUUACCCUGCAUUUCCAACAGACGACGCGGUCUUGCGCGCCAUCCUCGAGGACCCAGACUUCGUGCCGCUGCGCCGCGUCUUCCCAAAGCCCUUGCUGAGCUCGGAGCACGCGGCCGGAGGCGAGGAGGGUGACCUCCCGCCCGUGGGCAUGUGCCCAUCUAUCGCACUUUGGCGGGAAAGGUCUCCAGCUGUAGCAGCAGGAUGGACAAGCAAUUGGUACUUUGCGGAUUUCGGUCAGCGCAGUAUCUAUGCAGAGAGUUCCGAGUUGCUGAAAGGGAGAUUUAGUGAAAGUUCAGCUGGCCUCCUCGCCGAAGACGAGUAG